AUGGCGCUGGAAGAUAUCGUGUACGUCAUUUGUGACAGCCAGAAGGGCCCAGUUUCCCUUUGUGGGUGGAUAGUCGGGCUGCCGGGCGCAGACGCUGUGAUCGGGACUUCAGUGAAGGCCACCAUUGGCCUGCCGCAAACUGCUAAAGGGAAGCAGGGUGAGCACGAGGUCUCCUUUGUGCGUGUGCCGUUAGCUGCCGUGACUGAGCAAGCACCCGUGGGAUGGACCGGGCUUCGCCCCAAGGAUCUGCCUCCUUUGAGGCCCUGCCAGGCCGCGUGGAAGGCCGUCGAAAAAGGCGGGGCAGAGCUGGAGAGCAUUCUAGCUCCGGGGCAGACGGCCAAGAGCCGCAGCUCCCGGGAAUCGCGGGAAGAAGGAGGAGAUCUGGACAUGCGAAAAAUGAUUCGCAAAGGUCUGGCCGAGGGCCAGAGCCCCAACGAGCUGAUGCCCUUGAUGUUGAUGACUCUCGCUUUGGAGAAAGGCGAGGGCCGCCGGAAGAAGAAAGGCAAGGAAGCAGGUCGAGAUCUCAACCUGCUUGGUUUUUCGGACUCCGACGACAGCGACGAGGAGGCUGGGCACUUGGGGAAGGGCAUGCAGGCUGUGGCCACGCUCCACCGAUUGCACGAGUGCAUCAGGAAGCGGCCCAGGCGAAUCAUCCAGCAGUUCGAGGCCGAGGUUGUGAGAGAGCUCGGCGUGACGGCCGGCCAGCCAUGGACCCUCAACGACUGGGUCAAGCGCCAGAGCUGGGGCAAGUUCAAGGGAUUGCAGAGGGCUGCCGUUCAGGACGUCGAGGUCUACGAGUUGCUCCGCAACGGGGAGUCGGCCGCCGCGGCGGCACAAGUGAUCCAGAACUUGAAAAGCAAGGUCCAAUGUGUGCUGCAGGGGGGCGACUGGCAGACGGCCUGGCUCCUUGCGGGCCUCGAGGAUCCCUUGACCAAGAAGGAGUUCGCCGGCUCGAAGCAGGAGAUGGCGAUCAUCUCUUCUUAUGUGAAGGCGCUGGCCGACCUCAAGAAGAAGGUCCGCGAAGGGCACUCGGCCGGGAGCGCAGCCGACGAGGACGGGGACGGCAUGGCAGCCGCCCCGCGCAAUUUCCUGCUGGAGCGGUCCGGCGACAAUGUACCACUCUUUCCAUGUGCCUUGCCCUUCCCCGAAGUGGUGGUGGCAGCGAGCUUCCCGUCGGAUGAGUCAGGGAUUUUGUCAUGGUGGUCCCGGGCCUUCGUGAAUACGUUUGUGGCCUGGGGCAACUUCGUGACCUUGGGGUGUCCGGCGGAGGGCGCAAGUGCAUAUGAGCCGCGAGUGAGCUACAGAUGUGCGGCGGAAGCCCGGGCUUUCGCUCUUGAGCUCCUUGGCGAGGUGGAGGAAUUUGCUACUUUGGACUUGGUUCUGGGUCGUCUUGGGUGCUCCGGAAAGAGGGGUUGUAUAGAUGAGCUUCUCAGGCAAGUCCGCUGUACAGGCGGUGCAUGUUAUGCGGGGACGGCCCAGGGAAAGGUUUCGACCGCUUUGCCGGUGGUCGCCUCGCGGGUGGCUCUGCCUCCUAAGGCAGGGUUGGUGGAUCCAUGUAAGUGGUUGCCGCCCGAACGUGCGGCAAUUCUGCAGGACUUGGCUGGCCUCAAGAAGGCAGAGGAGGCCUGGGGUGAUGUGCCCGUGGCCUGCCACCGGGUGGAGCCGAGCGAAGAGGACGAGCUGGUGCGCAGGCUAGUUCGGCAUGGCAUGGCGCUCCCGUUCCUGGAGGACGCUCUUCCUCGCGAUCGUGAAGGGCGGCUGCUGGUGGGAGGUUUGUUUGGGGUCGCUAAGAACGAAGCCGAAGACAGACUGAUCUUUGACAGGCGGCCGGAGAAUGCGACCAUGGAGAAGCUGCCAUGGGCCAAGCUCCCGAGCGGGGCCUGCUUCACGAGGUUGCUGCUCAAACCCACUGAGUACUUGAGGGGGUCUGGGGAUGACUUGCGGAAUUAUUAUUAUACUUUGCGUCUCCCAGACAACUGGAUUAAGCACAACGCUGUGGGACGGCGGCUUUCGGCACAGGUUCGGCGAGAACUCGGCCUUCUACCUCAUCGGGAGUACAGGCUGUGCUUCAGGGUGCUAGCUAUGGGCGACGUCAACGGGUGUGAUAUAGCGCAGGCUGUGCACGAGUCGGUGUUGCAGAGGUGGGGCUUGCUCGGGGCCGAUUGUACUUUGGUCUAUGGCGAGCCGGUUCCACGCGGCCCGUCCUGGCAGGGGGUGUACAUAGACGACCUCCUGAUUUGCCAGAGGUGCUCGUUCGGUCGGCCGGUGCCAUUGGAUGGGAGCUUCCUGCCACCACCCCCUUUGCCACAGGAUGAGGACGUGCAGAAGGUGGCGGCGGCCGAGCAGGCGUACGAGGAGGCGGGCUUGCAGCGUGCCAUCCACAAGGAGUUUUGGUACCAAUGUGCUUUCAAGGCGUGGGGUGCUGAAGUCGACGGCGUGGCCGGCAAGGUCGGAGCGCCCAAGGAUGUGCGCAGGCAGGUCUGGAUGCUCUUGUUCAAGAUUGUGUCGGGCGGCUGGGCUAGUGGAGAUGUUCUUCGGCAGGUGCUGGGCUAUUUGGCCUAUAUCUUCCAAUACCGUCGGGAGCUUUAUGCAUUGCACCAUCGGAUGUAUAAGUUCGUGGAUGGUAUGCCUCCGGACAGGUGGGUCAAGCUACCGAAUUACGUGCUGGACGAGUUGCGGUCGUGUGCUCUGCAUCUGCCUUUUGCUGUGUCUUCCAUGCGCCGCCGAGUGUCGAGCACCUUGCUGGCGACAGACGCGACUCCGACCUCAGGUGGGGCUGUGGUCACGGAGGCCCCCGAGGCCCUGGCCGAAGAGCUCUGGAGGCAGAGCGAGGUUAAAGGCGAGGCCGUGCGCAUUGACCGGGAGCUGGAGAGCGUACUUAGCGACAGUGUUCCAAAGGUGCCCUCGGUUUUCGCCAGCACGGUCGGCGAGUGUCUGCCUUGGCGAGUGGUUGCGUCCUACAGUUUUCGGGAGACCUCCCACGUCAACUUGCAGGAACUUCGUGCUUGGCGCCGGGAGAUGUGCCGCAUUGCAGCCAGUGGGGGACACAGGAAUUGCAUCAUUGUGGCACUGAAUGACUCUCGUGUUGUGGUGGGUGCCGUUGCCAAGGGGAGAUCGUCGAGUGUCCGGCUGAACAACCUGCUGAGGGGCGCCCUGCCUCACUUGAUCCUGGGGGGAGUCUCAGGGGCUGUCCUGUGGAUUGAGACGGCGGCCAACCCUGCUGAUCACCCGUCCAGGUUAAUUCCGGCCGCUACCUGCUCCUCGCGCUCCUCCAGGCUGGCGAGUUUGCGGCUCCGUGGGUGCGAGGUCUGCUCGGGAGAUGCGAUCGUCACCCAGGCGCACAAGGACCUCAACCUAGAGAUGGGUCCUCCUCUGGAUCUGUUGCAGGAUGGCGCCGGGCAGACUCGAGUCGCGGAGCUGCACAUUGAUGUGGGCCACCCCGGCGGGACCAUUCCCAGAGUUGCUGAGGCGACCGAGCUGUGGCAGUGUUGUCUGGACCUGGCUUGGGCCGUCUUGCAGGCUGGUGGCUACUUCUUCCUGGUGCAUCCACGGCGCAGUCGAGCCUGGGGCUUGGCUGCCACAGAAAGCCUCUUGCACGUCGAGGGUGUACGCUUACUUAAAGUAGACGGGUGCGCUUUUGGCCAGCAUCCUGACCGUGCCGUGCCCAAGCUACCACUGCGAGUUCUGACGAAUGCACCUUGGGCCCAAGCCCUUGAGAAGGAGUGCCCGGGGACCCAUGUGCAUUGUGAGUGGCACCCUCGUUUUCAGACGGAAGUGAUUCGGGAGUUGGGCCGUGCGGUGGCGGAUGCCCUCGUACGAGACACGCCGCCGCCCACGAUUGAUAGGGUCCUUGAGAAGUGCAUCGACGAAGCAUACCGCAGGGGGGAGAAGCUCUACUUUGUCAGGCUCGGGCUGAUUGGGCUCCAACGUGCCUGGCACUUAUCGGGCCCGCUGCUUAGACGAUCUUGGGCUGCUAUCAGAGGCUGGCGAGUGCUUCAACCAGUGAGAUCCAGGAUACCCAUGUCCCGAUCGGUCUUGCGAGCGCUACUCAUUACCUUGCUGGCCACAGGUAACUCCACGGAGGGCUUUGCGAGGGAGUGCUAUUGGGGAGCCAUGUUGGCUUCGUGGCUCAGCUUCGAGGCCCUACUUAGGCCGGGCGAGACCGCGGCUCUGAGGAUCUUGGACCUCACCUUCCCAGAUGGCUGUGCUGAGGAGCUGGAGGCCGGGGGCCUCGUGAUUACCAUCCGGAAGCCAGACUCGGCGACUGAUCUAAGCUUGAUCAGGUGGCUACGCUGGUGGACGGCAGGCCCUGAUGGCAUUUUGUUCAGAGUGGCCCGGCGACAAUGGAGCCGCCUCUUUGCCGAAGGCUUGGGCCGUCUUCACCUGGGCAACCGAGGCUUCACACUCAGCAGCCUCCGUUUUGGAGGUGCCACGUGGCAUUUUCGGGUCUACGAGAAUCUGCCGAAGUUACAGUACAUGGGCCGGUGGUCACGUCCAGACACUCUUAAGUACUAUUUGCACGAGGCUAUGACCAUUAAAGUGGAUGCGGAAGCUAAGCCCGAAUCCAAGGAUGCCGUGCAUUUGGCUUUGCAGCAUGCGGACAAGCUUGAGCUACCACCCCGGAUGUCCUCUCGACUUUCGCGAGCCUUGCGGGAGCUAGCGGCUGCUCUUGAGGAGGCUUUUUCCUCGACUACUUCCACUUCGACGGUGCAGCAGCGGGCCACGGGCCCGACCGCCAGAGCUCAAGGCGGUCCAGGAAGCUCCACGUGCCCGGCCGGGCCCCUCGGAGCCCACUCCAGCUGCACAGGGUGCAGUGACCGGCUCGGCGGUAGCAUACCGCCAAGAUUGGCGCAUCUACCUCGUCCUGGCGAAUCCAAGGCAGCCACACCGCGUGGGACUAGUGCAAGACCGGGUGCAGACACAUGGCGGAGGUUGGAGAAGUCGCUCCCAAAACGGGCGGUUAUCCGGCUCAGCCGUACGGCUCCGGCGCGUGGAGAGCUUAGCUCACGCCCAGCGCCUCUGGCACGAAGCACACCCCGAACUGGUGAUGCCUCUACUGGAGAUUUGAAGGGCGCGACGGAGGCGCUCAUGUCGGCAGUGGGCUCAGCCGCGGAUCGGCUGGGUGCGGUGGAGGUGGAUGGUGGUCGCACGGCGGAGGAGAUCCUGGGCGACGAAGCUUCACGGGCCUCGGCGGCGCGGUGGCGCUCGGGAAGCUUGCAGCGCAAACUGACGGCGGCCUUGGCGAGGUUGGUUACGUCGGUUCAGCAGUGGACUCCUUUGGCUACGCCUCCGGGGCCAAGUUCGAGACCUUUGGCUCCAGUCCAACCGCUACCCCUACGAACUACCACCGCAACCGGGAGUGCGCCUACUGGCUCACUGCCGUUUGGUUGGAGGUGGUCCGGCCUUCGCUUUGCUGGCCACGGACCUGGCGUUGGAAAACACUGGCGCUGCUUGGGGUGCCUGUUUCCUCGGGUCGUUGCUCUGCUCCUGGCGUUGCUCUUUCGCCUCUUCAUUCGUGGAUGCCUCGCCUUAGCCAGCCACGUGCUACGGGAGCUAUGCACGCAGACUUUGGCUUUGGCAGGGGAGCUGGAAAGCUUCAUCGUGGAGUGGCUCACCCUGCUGCUCGGCAUGCAGACGACGACCCCGGCACAGCUGACUCGGCCUUUUCAGGCCCCUCCAAACGACCAUGGUUCCUACAGUUACCAAGGCGAUGGCAACAAUUUUGCGGGAGCCACUACCCAAGUUGCCCUCCCUGCCCGGCCCCUCGACUUCGUCACUUGGGUGCUCCUCGCCUACAAUAUCUACCAGCAGCGCCAGCAGGGUGGGGUGGGGAUUCAACGAGGAGUAUGA